UUGUCCAAUCGCUGACUUUGGAGGUUUUCUUGAGCUGCAAAAUACGGAAAACAGAAGAUUCCUUGCUUUCGCAGUUUACUACUUCUAAGUCGUCGUUUUUUUUUAAAACUUAUGUGUUAAAGACUUGUGAAAGCGACAAGCCAUACAACUGGCGUUGUGUUUGUGUCAGUUUCUGAUUUUAAAAGUGUUUUCGCGGUUAUGAAGGAGCUUUUUGACAACUAGCUAAUACUGAUCAAGCUUUUUCAGUUAGCCUUUACUGUUUCCACAACACAAGUUGUGUUUAAAUGGGCUAAAGUUAUUUUCACCAAUGGAGAUCACUCCCAAAGCAACUAAAAUAAAACCAGUGUAUUCUUCCCCGUGUGAUUCGGUGGAGUCGAGCCCCUCUGAAUGUAAAGAGGAAAAGCAUCAUCAGAAGCUGAGCUCCUCUCUAAAGGAGAGGCUGAAGAGAACAAGGCGCUCCUUCACCUCGCCCCAUUCUGUGGCCAAACGCCUUUGUGUUGAUGAGCAGGAGGAGGAUGGCAGACAAGUUUCAGCAGAUUCCCGAAAGACAGUUAAUAACUCUCCACUGAUCAUUCCCCACGUUGAUGUAAACAGGAAUGAAGUUAGAACAGGGAGUGAAAGUUUUGGACCCAGUCCAGAACCUACUCGUCCUCCUUCACAAGACUUUGCACAACGAGACCAACUGAGGAAGGAGGUGAAAGACAAGAUGGAGACUCUGCGCAGACUGAAGAUGGUUCAGAUGUACAGAAGCAAGAAUGAUCUAACACAGCUCCAGACCCUGGUUGACAAGUGGCGGAGCUGUGCUCAGGCUGCUCUGUAUGAGCUCCAGUCAGAUGUCCCCAUAGACGGGCGAAAGGCCAGCCUGUCAGAGCUCAUUGACCUCUUUGGUCUGGACGGUGGUUUUUUGCACUUUGAUCGCACAGAGGAGGACUUUACUACCUAAUCUUUUUUUUUGUAAACACAUUAUUUGAUCAGUUUACAAAAAGAAACUACAGUGAAACAACCACAUUUCAAACAUCCAGAGUUAAAUUAUUGUUUAAUUUGUUCCUGCUAUUUUUGUAUGGAUUCACAGUUAAAGUUGUAAAUGUGUACUUGCUAAGAGAAUUAUAAAUAAAAUCUAUUAUCUGUUAAAGAGAA